CGCAAGACAUGUGCUAAUAUAAAACUGAAAGAAAGUUGUGCUUUUCAAAAGAUUUGUUAUAAUUCCAAUUGAUAUACCUAGUUAGUUUUUAAAUUGAAAAAUGUCAGAAGAUAAAAAACCGUGCGGAUUUGAACACCAAAGCGAAGAAGAUGAUUUGGCGUGCGCAUUGGAAAGUGUAGGAAUGAGUAAAAGAAAAGGAAGAGGACGUGUAACUUCUGGAUUAACUCACGAAUGCGGAGUUUUUGGUGCAAUAGGAUGCGGGGAAUGGCCUACGAAUCUAGAGAUUUCACAAAUCAUUUGCUGGGGAUUGGUUGCGUUACAACACAGGGGCCAAGAGUCCGCCGGUAUAGUUACAAGCGAAGGACGCUGCUCAAAAUACUUCAAUGUCGUCAAAGGUAUGGGCAUGAUCAGUAAUAUUUUCAACGACGAAGCCAUAAGAAAAUUGAAGGGAAGCGUAGGAAUCGGUCACACCAGAUAUUCGACCUCUGCUGCUUCAGAGGAAGUUAACUGCCAACCUUUUGUAGUCCAUACCGCACACGGAGCACUUGCCGUAGCACACAACGGAGAAUUAGUCAACUGUGAUAGUUUAAGAAGACAAGUUUUGGAGCAUGGUGUUGGUUUAUCCACUCACUCAGACAGUGAACUGAUUACGCAAGCUCUAUGCUUGAACCCACCAGAGGGUGAACCCAAUGGUGAACCAGACUGGCCAGCUAGAAUAAAGCAUUUGAUGGAUUUAGCACCUUUAAGUUAUUCUUUAGUAAUUAUGUUGAAAAAUAAGAUUUAUGCUGUCAGAGAUCCCUACGGAAACCGACCUUUGUGUUUGGGAAAGAUUUUACCUUUUAAUGAACCUCUUGAUGGAGAAUGUGAUGACAGUCGAGAGGCAGAGGGAUGGGUGGUAUCUUCAGAAUCUUGUGGAUUUUUGUCCAUUGGUGCACAAUACGUACGUGAAGUAUUCCCUGGAGAAAUAAUAGAAAUGACCAGACAUGGUAUCCGCACCAUCGAUGUAGUGGCAAGGCCCGAAGACAAAACUCAAGCUUUCUGUAUUUUCGAAUAUGUAUAUUUUGCCAGAGCUGACAGUAUUUUUGAAGGUCAGAUGGUGUACGCCGUCAGAAUGCAGUGCGGUAGACAAUUGGCUAUAGAACAUCCCGUAGAAGCUGACAUCGUUAGUGCUGUUCCAGAAUCUGGUAAUGCAGCAGCCCAUGGUUUUUCACGACAGAGUGGUAUCAGGUUCGCAGAAGUUUUAUGCAAGAAUCGAUAUGUAGGAAGAUCUUUUAUCCAGCCAAGUAAUCGUCUAAGACAACUCAGUAUUGCAAAGAAAUUCGGUGCCUUGGCAGGAAACGUUAAAGGAAAGAAAGUUCUCUUAAUCGACGAUUCCAUAGUAAGAGGAAAUACAAUCGGUCCUAUCAUCAAACUAUUGAAAAACGCAGGAGCCAAAGAAGUCCAUAUUAGAGUUGCUAGUCCACCCUUAAAAUAUCCCUGCUACAUGGGAAUCAACAUUCCUACCAGAGAAGAACUGAUAGCCAACAAACUGAACUCAUCAGAACUAGCAAAACAAGUCGGCGCUGACAGCUUAGAAUAUUUAUCUUUGGAAGGUUUGAUCAAGGCUGUGAGAUCAGACAUAAAAACUAAAAACGCCCACUCUAAAGUAGGACACUGCACAGCAUGUUUGUCUGGAAUAUACCCAGGAGGUGUGCCAAAUACGAACUCUGAUUAUGACUGGUAGUGAAUAAAGUGAAAAAAAAAUUGUAGGUUUUAUGUUGUGUAAUUUAUGAUUGGGGAUGUAAAUUAACAGGAGGGUACGUAAUUCGGCAAGAUCGAGUGGUGAUUUGAUUUACAGUCAUGAAUUCACUCAUGAUUUGUUAUAAGCUCAAUGCUGGUUUUUAAUUAUUACACGUUAUUUAUAAAAAUAUACAAUUUUAGGCUCUCUUUAGACAUGUAUUGGAUUAGUAAAUCGGUUUAUUCCAUUUGAAUAUAUGUAUCUAAUAGACACCUCUUUAUUGAAGUAGCACAAACGUCCUUAAAAUUUAUAUAUAAUAAGUUAUUUUAAUUUUUACCAUUAGUUUAGAUAGAAUGUAAACAAUUUAUAAAAUACACACUAUUUAAUUGUUGAAUUAGACAUAUACCUACAAAUGACCGGUGUAAAAUGUUUCUAUGUACUGGCACAGAAUAAUAAACAAUUGUAUAUUAUUCUGUGGUAAUGCGUUACAGACGCCAUACCGCUGCAACUUACAUUACAGCAAAUCUAAGACGCAUUUUUAUACGAACUUGGGUUUAUAUAAAUAUGUAUUGUAGAAUUGUUGGUACAGCAAUUGGGUUGAAAGCGUAUGAGGUCUUUAAGUGACAGAGAAUAUGACAAUAUGUGACUUAACUGAAGAUAAGCACUGCCUUUGUGCUUUGAGUGUUUAACAAAUUUUAACAUUUAAUGAUAAUAACAUUAUUCACCUAAAUCAACAAUUAAAUUGAAGUGGAUGUGCUAAAACCUCGUUUAAACUAAGCAUAUAGACAAUGUACAAAGCUUUCUAACGUUUCCUUGUAAAUUGUAAACGUGAAUCUUUUGAUAAAAGAACAUAAUUUAUUUUCCGUAUAUUUAUACGUUUUUGUAUAUUUAUUUUUUAAAUAAAUAUUUAUAUUUUUGA